AUGUUCAACACAGAGACAGGAAACCAGACAAUGAUCUCAGAAUUUAUCCUUACAGGUUUUGCAACUCUCCCUGAGUUGCAGACUCUUCUUUCUCUAUUCUUCCUCGUGAUAUAUUUUGCAACAGUCGCUGGGAACCUCCUCAUUAUAUUGCUAGUUAUAGCUGACCACAAUCUUCACACACCCAUGUACUUUUUCCUGGGGAAUCUGUCCUGCCUGGAGACCUGCUAUAGUUCAAUCAUCUUACCAAAAAUGUUGGCCAAUUUGUUUACUGGUCAACAGUCUAUUUCUUUUACUGGAUGCAUGGUCCAAUUUUAUUUGUUUGGUUCUUGUGUUUGCAUAGAGACUUACCUCCUGGCAGCCAUGUCCUAUGACCGAUAUCUGGCAAUCUGUAGACCUUUACACUACGCUUCCAUCAUGCAUGGGAAAAUUGGUGUCCAGAUCAUGAUUGUAGUAUGGAUUGGAUCUUUCCUAGCUAAUUGCCUAACAAUAUCACUGUUGUCUCAGUUAUCAUUCUGUGGCCCUAAUGUUAUAAAUCAUUAUUUUUGUGACUUGAUUCCACUUGAAAAACUUUCAUGUAGUGACACAACAUUAGUUCAACUUGUUACCUUCCUCUUGACUGUCAUUUUCACUGUCACUCCAUUUCUACUUACACUAAUAUCCUAUAUUUGCAUUAUAGUCACAAUUCUAAAAAUAUCUUCUGCUGUGGGAAGGCAAAAGGCCUUUUCAACCUGUUCUUCUCACCUCAUCGUGGUUUGUCUUUUUUAUGGUACACUAAUAAUUGUCUACAUUUUGCCAGAUACACCUAGUUUGAGAGAUCUGAAUAAAGUUUUUUCCAUUUUCUACACUGUCUUGACUCCUCUGAUCAACCCUUUGAUCUACAGUUUAAGAAACCAAGAAGUCCACAAAGCCCUAAGGAGAGUUAGAUGUAAAAUGGUACAUUUUGCAAGAAUGCAAGCCAAUAUAUGA